AUGUCGGCCGAGGCUGUACCGGACGAACUCUGGAGAAAAAUACUCGAAACCGGAAUCGGAAACUCCAGCUUCACCUUUAAGGACCUCUGUUGCCUCUCCAUCUCCUGUAGACGCCUUCACCGAUUAUCCGGUGAAGACUCUCUCUGGUCCCACCUACUCUCCUCUGAUUUCGACAACUCAUUAUCGUCAUCACAGGCGACAUCGAUUAAGUCAAUAUACAAAAUUAGGUUUGAGAAGGACCGGGAGAGGAAAUUGGCGGCACAUAGAAGGGCUGUGUUGAGGAAAGAGAGUCAAGUGGCCGAGAAUUUGCGGAAGAUUCGAGAAAUUGAGAGGAAAUUGCGAGAGGAGACCGACAAAAUGAAAAGUACAGUUGCUGAAUUAUCCAAUUUACGCAGGGUCAGGCAAGCUUCAGUAGCCUUGAAUGUGUGGCAGCCAGAAGUUGUUAGAGGUAAACAGAAACAAAUAGUUGAGCAGUGUGUUAUUCCUGUUGAAUCUAGAUUAAAUUCACUUGAGAUGGAACUUAGACUUUGCAAGCAACAGAUUGCAGGGUUUGACAAUGCCUAUAGAGAGCAAAAACAAAGACUCGAGAAGGCGAAGGAAGAGUUGGGAUCCAUGAAGUAUCACCCGUUGCGAGAGUAUAAGUUUACAAGUAGUGAGGACAAUGAGUGCAACUUAAUGAGGAAGAAGUUGAAAACAAAUAAUAAGUGUAAGAUACUCAGUUCUUGUUCUUUCUAUAGUCAAUAA